AAAGUUGGAAGAAAUCAAAAUCGUCGGAAUAGAAACGUGAAACAAUAGAAACGUGUCCGGACGAGUAGACACCGUUACGACCUCGUUGACGAGAAAAAUAAGACAAGUUCCGAGUGAAGUAGCUGAAAGUGCUCAACCACAGAACGUGUAUAUUUAUCGAGACCAGGUAUCUGUCAUAUAUACAGCAGAUUUCCUGCUUCGACUCAUCAUUACUUCUUUGCAGAUCCUGAGAACCUGAGUUAUUAUCCUGAAGCUACGGAAAAGUGAAGAUACUGGCUCUAGCUGCCAUCAGUGUUGAUUGUGAACGAUCAGUGUUGAUUGUGAACGAGUAGAGAGCUUGAAUUCAUCGACUGCAUAGCUGCCAUAGCCCCGACUCUUGGUCUUGUGCUGGUUGAUAGUUUGAAAUAAGUUUUUCCGGAAGGAGGCUGUGGAUUUACGGAGAUUCAACAUCUUUGUUUUUGAAUGCUGAACUCAGAGAUAUAGAUUAGUUUUACCUUGGCAUUGUUCAGCCUACAGACAUGGCGCAGUUCAAGCUUCGCAGCCUGAAACUGCUGACGUUUACACUGACUAUGAUCCGAGUACUGGAAAUUACAGUGGCGGCCGGAAAUGACAUAAAACGCCCAGCUCUUGUAUUUAUCGGUGCUUCUCAGUCCGAUGUUGGCGUCAACAACGUCUUAGAUACUUAUGCGAAGGCUAACCACCUGCCCUAUGGUCGAGAUUUUGUCUAUGGUGAUAUUAAGGGGGCCACUGGACGUUUCAGCAACGGGAAGAUUCUUCCGGAUUUCGUCGCUCAAAACCUCGGGCUGCCUUUUCCCGUCGCAUUCAACAGUCCUGAAGCUAAGGGACCAGCUGCUUUAUUCGGCAUCAACACUGCCUCUGCAGGAGCGGGUUGGCUCAACGGCACCGAUAGCAACCUGGGUCAACUGAUUCCCGGGACACAGCAAGUGCAAUGGGUGAAGGAGUGGCAGCAAGGUCUGGUCAGUCGUGUAGGCUCGCAAAAGGCCUCACACAUCAUCGAAAACGCUCUGUACCUCAUCAACAUCGGUGACAACGACCUCUACUAUUACCUUGCGAACGCGGAACUCCGAAAGAACUACACCGAGGAGCAGUACUUUCAGCUUAUGAUCGACGUAGCUAUCGCAAACAUUAAGGACCUUUACAACUCUGGAGCUCGGAAAAUGGCCUUCACCAGUGUGACCGCUCGAGGCUGCUCACCCCUUCAAAUUACACAGUUUCAACCCCUCAACAGAUCUCAGUGCGUUCCGUCCGUCCAGACCUUGGUCUCCACGUACAGCGCAGAAGUCAAGGCUGCCAUCCAAACAUUGGGUCAGAGUCUCGAAGGAAGCAAAUUUUACAUCGCCGAUGUUUUCAACAUCACCGUCGACUUGUUCUUGCAUCCGAGUAAAUAUGGUUUGGAACAUCAGGAGAGCAGCAUAGGUUGUUGCGGAACAGGGCUCACCGAGUUCGGUCCCCUGUGCAACAUUACAAUUCAUUCUUGUUCAGAUGCCAACGAGUACCUGUUUUUUGACGCCCAACAUUAUACGGAGAGAGCUUGGAGUAUCAUUGUGGAUAGCUUCUUCGACGAGAUGAAGGCCUUCCUUCAACUUUAGAUCUCCAUGGGUAUAGGGUGCAAUCUCUUGUGUGACUACCAAAAAGGCUCCAGGACAACGAGCUGACAUAUAUGAAAGCUACGCCUGUUUAGCUCGCUUUGAUUAGGAUAUCCUCUUCUCGCGUAUGAAAGCACAUUGAGGGGACUGAAAGUCCAACUUCUUCGUCUUGGAGUGUAUCGAGAAAAUGCAAUCGAGAGAGGAGAUAGUUCACGUGUAGUUACAGCUUGCCAUCGAUCCAUCUUCCGUAUCAUUUAUAAUCCAACCUGCAGUUGAACUGGCCUGCCCAUGCUUCAAGAUUCGGUAGCAAGUUUACUUCAAAAAUUGGCUUUUUGCACCAGAUAAUGGUUUAUUAGUUCCAGUUUUGGGUUCCUACGAUUACAUUUUUACCUGUAGAAGGAAUUUAGUACAAGUUGUAGAAUCAACAUCUAUAUAUAAACUCCUAAUCAUUU